GACCACUACGCGUCUUUUCGCGACUUUCACUCACGCCUUCCUGUGCCAAUUAAUCCACCACUGCCCAUUGGACGCUCCCUCCCCUGACUUCAUCGCCUUCAGCCUUGUUCGGCACUCCCCCAUCACGAGUUGCGCAACACCGAACCCCCAAUCUUCAUUCCUCCAACACCACCCGCAACCUCCACACCGACCAUUCAACUCUCGCCGUCAUCGCCAACCUCCUCAUAAUCCUGCGAGACCACACAAUCCUCGCAUCUCCCGUCGUCUGCAUCUUAACCCCUGCGCAACACUUCCAACCCAAUCGACAGAAUGGCCGCCGACCACCCGAAGGCGGGGAUAUACAGCGCUACGUACAGCGGUAUCCCCGUCUAUGAAUACCAGUUCGGCCCCGAUAUGAAAGAACAUGUAAUGCGCCGUCGAGAAGACAACUGGAUUAAUGCCACCCACAUUCUGAAGGCUGCCGGGUUCGACAAACCAGCGAGGACGCGCAUUCUUGAGCGCGACGUGCAAAAAGAUGUCCAUGAGAAAAUUCAGGGUGGCUACGGGAAAUACCAGGGAACAUGGAUUCCCCUCGACCACGGCGAAGCGCUGGCCCAGCGAAACAACAUCUACGACCGGCUACGGCCCAUCUUCGAAUUCCAACCAGGCAACGAGAGCCCGCCGCCUGCGCCGAGACAUGCCAGCAAGCCAAAGGCCCCCAAGGCCCGGCCUGCUGUUCCGAAAUGGAACAACAAAGCGCAAGACCGGAAAGCCUCCUUCUCACACCCACACCACCAACCGGCUGUGGUAGUACAAGAAGAGUACGACAAUACGAGCCAGAUAAACGAGGAUGAUAUCCCCGAUAACCUGACUGUUGCCUCGGCAUCAUACAUGGCCGAGGAUGACCGGUACGACAUGUCGCAUUUCUCCACCGGCCACAGGAAGCGCAAGCGGGAAGAGAUGCUGCAAGACAUGACAGAGCAGCAGCAUGCCGUGUACGGAGAUGAACUGUUGGACUACUUUCUGCUCUCUAGAAACGAGCAGCCCGCAAUCCGCCCAGAUCCUCCCACCAACUUCCAACCCGACUGGCCAAUUGAUACUGAGCGGCACACCGCGUUGCACUGGGCUUCUGCCAUGGGCGACGUGGACGUAAUCAAGCAGCUCAAGCGAUUUGGCGCGAACCAGGCAUCUCAGAAUGUGCGCGGCGAAACGCCGUUCAUGCGAUCUGUCAACUUUACAAAUUGUUAUGAGAAGCAGACCUUCCCGAUGGUACUGAAGGAGCUAUUUGGCACUGUGGACGCACGGGACGCGUCCGGGUGCACUGUCAUCCACCACGCGACCGUAAUGAAGAGCGGGCGUGUCACUAGCCACUCAUGUUCGCGCUACUACCUCGACAACAUCCUCAAUAAGUUACAGGAGUCGCGAUCAGCAGACGAGCUACAACAACUGUUAGACUCCCAGGACAACGAAGGCAACACAGCCGUACACUUGGCGGCGAUGCGGGAUGCACGCAAGUGUAUCCGGGCGCUUCUCGGCCGUGGCGCAUCGACCGAUAUCCCCAACAACCAGGGCGUGCGAGCAGAGGAUUUGAUCAAGGAGCUCAAUGCCUCCAAGACCAAAGUUGCGCGGGGACCGGGACCACCGCAGCGCUCAUCUAGUCCAUUUGCGCCCGAGUCGCAGCGACACAAUGCCUUCCGUGAUGCCAUGGCCGAAUCCGAUAGCAAGCUUCAGGCGAGCUUCCGCAGCGAGGCGGCAAAUACUGUGCAGUCACGUAUCACCCCUCUUGUCUUGCAAAAAUUCCAAGACCUCGCCCAAAGCUACGAAAACGAGCUCGACGAAAAGGAGAGCGCGGAAAAGGAAGCGCGGCGGAUCCUUCUCAACACUCAAGCAGAGCUGGCGAACCUGCGAACCACCGUCGCAGACCUCGAAUCCCGCCUUGAAGCCGAAGAAGCAGCCGCAAAAACAGAAGCCGAGGCAGCCGAGACAGCAAAACAAGUCCUCGCUUACCUAACCCACCAGAACCGCCUGGCGAUACAGGACGCCAUCAACAAGGAGCUCGCGACCGUCAACGGCGACAGCAGCAAGCCACCCAGCGAUAAACCCAACGGCCAGCCCUCCCCAGCCCAAGACGGACCCAAACCGGACGAAUCCGCAGACGACAAGGCCUCCCCCUCGGACGCGCAGGAGCGCCUCCGCCUCGCGACCGAGCUGCGCACGCUCCUGCAGGAACAGCGCCGCGCCGAGGCCGAAUACGUCGAGGCCCGCGGCCUGACUGGGACCGGCGAGAAGAUCGACAAGUACCUGCACCUGCUCAAGUCGUGCCUGCCGCCCGAGGACCAGGAGAUGCUGGACGAGAACCUCGAGGAUAUGAUCAAGAUGAUGGAGGACGAGGCCGACGUCCUAUCGGCGGCGGGCGGGGCUGGUGGUGGUGGUCCCGGUGGUGGUGGUCCCGGCGCUGGGGAGGCGGUUGGCGCCGCGGAGAGCGCGGCUGCUUCCGCGGGGCUGCCCGUGGCUGUGCCUAUCGGCUUGGGCGUCGAGGUCUGAGUUGGGUCGUUCUUUGUAGUGCGGUUUUGACCCGGCCGAGCCGUCGUGUCUGCACCCACGCCCUUUGGGUGUGUUGUGCUGGACGGGGGCUGUGUUUGGAGACCUGCGGCGAUCAGACUUCUCUGGGCCGGUGGACGACGCGUCCCUUGUUUUUUUGGGUUGUUCUCUUUUUCUUUUUGAGGGAGGUCGUUUUGCCGCGAAGUCGGUUGGUUGGUAUUAUCCCCAUGUUUGUGGUCUGAACCGCUCAUGGCGCUAUUUUGUUGUUUAUAUGGUUGGUUGGUCUUUGUGCGCCAUCCUCUUGAUAUC